UGAAUUCAAGGAGGUCCGGGCAAACCGUAUCACAUUAUCUCCAUGUCGUAUUAGGUGCAAUAUUAAGGCUACACGAUAUUUUCUUAGCUAAGCCUGAGGCUGUCCCUGAUGACUGCAAUGAUUCGUGUUGGCAAUGGUUUAAGGGCUGUCUAGGAGCAUUGGAUGGUACUUAUAUCAAUGUCAUGGUAAGCAAUAACGAUAAGGCGAGGUAUAGGACAAGGAAGGGUCUAAUUUCUACAAAUGUCUUAGGUGUGUGUGAUCGUAACUUGAAGUUCACUUACGUUCUAUCCGGUUGGGAAGGAUCGCCAGCGGACUCUAGGAUACUUCGAGAUGCCAUAAACAGGCCCUAUGGAUUAAAAGUGCCGAAGGGAUUUUACUAUUUGUGUGACAAUGGUUACGCAAAUCGUGAGAGGUUUUUAACACCUUUCAAAGGAGUUAGAUAUCACCUCAAGGAGUGGGGUCCCACUAAUGCGAGGCCACAGAACAAAGAGGAGCUUUUUAAUUUGAAACAUAGUAAAGCUCGUAAUAUAAUCGAAAGGGCAUUGGGAAUUCUGAAGAUGCGUUGGGGGAUUCUUAGAUCCACGACUUUCUACCCGAUCAAAAUUCAAAAUAGGCUAAUCAUGGCGGCAUUUUUAAUCAAUAAUUUUAUUCGCACGGAAAUUGCGAUUGACCCUAUAGAGCAAGAAUUCGACACGAUGACACGUUUAAAUGGUGCGAAUGAUGUGGAACAUGAGGACUUUGUUGAUACCGUAGAAUCAUCUCCCCAAUGGAAUGCACAAAGGGAAGAUUUAGUCGAGAGUAUGUGGCAGCAGUACAUGCAUAAUCAUUAGGUGGUAUCUUCCUUAUUAUCAAAUAUUUUGUUAAUUGCAUUGUCAUAUUGUAUUUCCUUGUAUUUUUUCUGAUGAAACACAGUGCAUUGUUUGCUGUCCAUAAUCUAUUACUUGAUGUCUGCUUACUGUCUUUCUUGGGAGAUACGGAACAUGUUUUGGAAUGGGAUGAAAACCCUAGGCUCCCUCUUUCAAGGGAUUCUCUCGGCCGCCGCCUAGGCGGCUCGGGUGGUUCUGGCCAGCCGGCUGUGGCCUUCUCCGGCCGGCAUUAUGGCGACCCUCUCAUCCUCCGAUUUUCCUCUGUUACACACCACCGUUCUGCCUAGGGUUUCCCUCCAGCCACCGCUGUUUAACCCUAAAACUUUUGAUCCGGUUCCGGCUCCAUGCUCUCUUGCGGAUCUCUCUUCCGACGAUGCUUUGCCUAUUGGCUUCAACUUCUCCCGUGACUACUCCCUGUUCCCGGAAGUUCC